CUCAUCUAAUUCACGGCUUGCAUCUUUACCACUCGCCAGAGUCCCCACUCUGAGCCUCGGACAAUGCCUCCGUAUUCAAACAUGGAUCAUCCGGAGCUGAGGCGACUGCGACGGUCACUCCCAGGGAGAGGGAGAGUGCACCCUCGACGGCAGCGCCACCAAGGGCAGCAUCACAUGCGCAGCGAGGAACAGGACCUGUCUGAUGGAUAUACCGAAUGCCCUUCUGUCCGUCAAGAGGAAGCUCCCGAUCCGGGAUAUGUGUCGGCUUGCGAUGUACACCAAUCCUCCAUCGAUGCCAUUGAUGCACUAACCCGAGAGGUUGAGGGACGUCUGGCAAAAAUCGAGAACCUCCUCGCAUACAUGCAAAUAAGGAGUUUUAAUAUCGACAUUCGUGCUAAUAACUUCAAAGCCUUCCGCAAGCUGUUUUCAGCCGAGUUACAGCCAUUGUAUAAUCCGAAAACUGGAAAACCAAUUGACGGGUUUCCGCGUUCCAUAUGCGAGCUCGACACUCUCGAUCGUAUGCCAAUCCUUUCUUCAUAUAUUUCGGACGGUGCUGAAUAG